AUGGCAGUAGAGAAUGAUACAGAAAUUUCCCAGUUUAUUCUGCUGGGAUUCUCUAAGAACCCAGAGCUACAGCUGGUCCUCUAUGUGAUGUUCCUGACAAUGUACCUGAUCACAAUCCUGGGGAACUUGCUCAUCAUCAUGGCCACCAGCUCUGACCCCCACCUCCACACCCCCAUGUACUUCUUUCUUGCCAACCUGUCCUUGAAUGAUAUCUGCUAUGUCUCCACCACCGUCCCCAAGAUGCUGGUGAACACCCAGAUACAAAGGAAAGGGAUAAGCUACAAAGGAUGCAUGUCCCAGAUAUUCUUUUUCGUCCUUUUUGCCAGCCUAGAUGACUUUCUCCUGACCGUCAUGGCUUAUGACCGCUUUGUGGCCAUCUGCCACCCCCUACACUACACGGUCAUCAUGAACCCCCGGCUCUGUGGCCUGAUGAUUCUUGGGUGCUGGCUGCUGAGUGUCCUGAAUGCUUCCCUUGAAGUCCUAGUGGUGUUGCGUCUGUCCUUCUGCACCGAGGUGGAGAUCCCCCACUUUUUCUGUGAACUUAAUAUGGUGGUGAAACUUGCUUGCUCAGAUACUUUUCUGAACAAUGUAGUCAUGUAUGGUUUUGCCCUCCUACUUGGUGGGGGUCCUCUACUCUGCAUUAUUUACUCCUACUGUAAGAUCGCCUCCUCCAUCCGUGGCAUCUCAUCAGCUCAAGGCAAGUAUAAAGCCUUUUCCACCUGCGCCUCUCACCUCUCUGUGGUUGCCUUAUUUUAUUUCACUAGUAUGGGGGUGUACCUGAGUUCAGAGGUUAGUGAAAGUGCAUACACAAGUACUGUUGCCUCCGUAUUGUACACAGUGAUCACCCCUAUGCUGAAUCCCUUCAUCUACAGCCUCAGGAACAAAGACAUCAAAAAGGCGCUGAACACUCUUUUUGUGCAGGGAACGACAAAGCGUUCAGUUAGAUUGCACUGA